AUGCAUCCACAUAUAUAUUCCACUACACUGUUUCAGCACUUAAGUGAUGGAUCUGCUGCAAUGGAAAAGCUAGGUCAUGCUCCUAAAUCGAAGGGAUAUUCCUGUGAGGUGAUGAAGCACGUAGCAGAAGCUGUGGGCAUAAGUUGGUACAUGGUUCAGCUUAAAGAGGGAAUAACUUUGACUGCAAAAGAAGAUAUACAUAAUGCAUUGGAGUCCCAAAAAAAAUUGAGUGAGCUGUUGAUGCAUGAUAUCAGUGCAAAAGGAAAGAAAAGUGAUACAAAGUGGAGGGAAGCAGGCCUAGAGAAAGCUGACCACAUACCCCCACAGAGAGAAAGAAGAGAAAAAGAAAGUAUUAAUGUAAACAACUUUAUGGGGAAUAAGGAUGAGAUUGCAUGA